AUGGGAAACGCAAAAUCCACAGAUGAGAAGCCGAAGAAGUCGGUGCGCAGAAAGUCGGCAACUACGCCAAGUACCAGCAGCUCAAGCCGCCCAUCCAUCUCAUCCCAAGGGAACCGCAAGCCACUUCUAUCGGUCAAUCAAAGACAGAUUAUCAAGGGAUGUAUGGAUAAUUCGAAGGAUGAUUUGGGAGAGAGAAUUUUCAGACGAGCACUAGAGCGACGCGAUGAUUUCAAGCAGUUUAUCGAUAAGUUGACAAAGAAACAACGCUAUGAGAACUCCAGCUACUUGAAGCAGUUCCUUCUAGGAGUCGUCGACAAUUUGACAGAUAUUGAUGAGAUUAACAGACUCGCCGAGGAUUUCGGAUGCAAUCAUGUCCAAUUCCGCGCGAACGGCUUCAAACCAGACUUCUUCGCAUGCACCGCCGACGCCGUCACCACAGAAUGCACAUUUUUAGAUCAAGCCGCGCAUCCGACCAGUGAGACCGCGGCCGCGUGGUCUUUGCUCACCUCGCAUGUCUUCUCGGCGGUCAGAGAUGGAUACUACGCCGAGCUCCGUCGCCAACGCAAAAGCAGCAACGCGUUCCGCGCACGCGUCUCCGUUGACGUCGUCUCCACAGGCACCGACGACGGCACAAGUCUCUCCAGCGCCACCAGAAGAUCUAACUCGCCGCAAGAAGAAAUUGCCGAGAACUAUGAGCACCACCAAUCCACUUCCACUCACCAUCACCAUCACUCGUCCUCAACUAAUGAUUCUUGUGUCGAGUCAUCCGGCAAUUUUCUUGCGCCUCCUACGGUUUACUAA